UUGAUCGGAACUGAAACCCUCUCAAACUCGCUUAUUUCUCAAUUAAUAAUCAACAAUGUGCCGUGUGGGAAACUGGACUUGCGUCCAAAUUUUGCCCAGUGCAAUUUGAUCCUUUCAACCCUCACAGUUCUCAAACACGACAUUCCAACCCUUCUUACGAAUCGUCUGAUCGGAAUUUGAGCAUGGAUAAAGACUGAAUUUGAGGACGAUCGCCCCCUUCUCGCUUCCCCAUAGUUAGGCCUCAGACAAAAGCCCACAUCAGAGGAGGGAGGCUGUGUGCGGAUGCCGAUGGACCCCGAAAGUGCAUAAUCGCUAUUAGUCGGCCCUUCCAUGGCUCGCGAGACACUGCAAUGCUGCCAGGAUGUCGGGAGUUUAACUAGGUUUUGUGAUUUUAUUUGAAACCAUCGGCAGUCGAUUGUUCCCAAAAGAAUUGACAUUUUAUUUGCGGAAGUUUUUAGCAUGUCUGAAAGGCCAAGAAACUGGCGAGUUUUUCGUCAUGGAAAAAAAAUUCUUCCUGACGUUUUGCAAGCAUGUGUGGCUUGCAUCUUCAGAGGCGUUAAAGCCACCAGUCCCCAGCCACCAGCACACAGUCUAAAAACUUGAAAAAACUCGCCAGUUUCAUGUGUUCUGGAAAACUUCAGUUUCAACGAAUGGUCGUGAAAAUCUACAGCUUGUCUAGUCCGCCUAUUGCUAUAGUUGCAUCGCGUGCUGCGCUGGCAACACUGCAGGCCGGGUUACCACUACACAAAACACAGUGAGUCAUGCACGUUGUGGUCCCAGUUUUUGUGGACCAGUUCAGUCAGUGUUGAGCUUUUCGUGUUGCGACGUUUGUUCCGUUUGCUGUGUGCGUUUUUUUGACGCAAAACAUUCGAAAGUUUACAGUUAAAAAUCACGUGCAGUCUUGAUAGUCCGAUUGUUGGCUAUUUUGCGUGGUGAUGUCGCGAACGCAGCCGAUUUAGUGUUCAGUUUGUUUUUGUUUCAUUUACUUUGCUAGCUGGGAAGUGACCAGAACUUGACCACCAGGCUAGAAGACUUGCCAGGCCUGAGGCUCGUCCAAUAGAUGGACGACCCUGAGAUCCAAGAAACGGUGGAAGCCAUCUUGGGCAAAGGGGCCAAAGUAGUCGAUUGCGAGAAAAAGUCCUCGAUCCGAGAGGAAGAAGUGCUCUACAUCAAUGGCAUUCCCGUCCAAUUGGAGGGCCGCGAUGGGAUGGCCAUCAAGGAGGCACUGAUGACUGGCCAAGUGCCUCCUUGCGAUCUAUUGAACAAGCUCCUCAUUGACAGUGGCAUCCUGAAAGCACCAGUCAAACUGGACACGUCGCUAUCGGUAAAAAGCACCACAGUGAUCAAGGAAGAAGUGACAGUGUCAAGGGAUGGAAAGAUAGUGGAUGAACGAAGCAGAGAAACGAAAGACCACUCGUACUACACUAGCGCGAUGACGGAAAUUUUCGAGCCGAUCAAAGUGCUCCCGACCGCUGAGCUGCUGAAUGGAAAGUACAACGUCCUAACGACACAUUCACCAGCGGCUCCAAGUGGUCAAAGUUCGGGAGUAGUUCGAGCGCUUCCAGCUACGAGUCUGAGCACGAGCCGCCAAUGAGCUACGGCGUCCCCAAACAGUGUCUUAGCAAGGAUUCGGGACAUAUGACGUCGAGCGCGACUGAGAAAA